AUGGACGAUUUAUAUGAUGAGUUUGGUAAUUUUAUUGGCGAGCCAGAAGAGUCGGAGGAAGAAGAUGGUGCAAGACCUACAGGAGACACAUACCUUGAUGAAGAUGACGAAGAUGACGAAGAUGGCGUACCAGAUGACCAGGCUCUCAUGGAGAUCGACGAGGAUGGCCCAUCGAAUGCCGUCGUGCUCCAUGAAGACAAGCAGUACUAUCCAACUGCGCAACAAGUCUACGGUCCUGGUGUGGAGACUCGAGUGGAGGAGGAAGAUACUCAACCCCUUACGCAACCCAUCAUUGCCCCUGUCGUUCAAAAAACCGACUUACCCCCAGUACACUUCGCGCGCGAAUUCAUGACCGAUAUGAUGAAUUUUCCAGAGCAAAUACGCAAUAUAGCUUUCGCCGGUCACUUACAUCAUGGAAAGACUGCGCUAAUGGACAUGCUCGUUAUGCUAACACAUGAUAUCAAUGAACGACAAGAAAGACGGACCGGAAGGAAAAAAGAUGAUCAACUGCGGUAUACCGAUGUACACGUCUUGGAAAGGGAACGAGGGCUGUCAAUCAAGUCGGCGCCUAUGAGCCUAGUAUUGCAAGGAACGAGAGGAAAAUCACAUUUGUUCAACAUCUUGGAUACCCCGGGUCACGUAAACUUCGUGGACGAAGUUGCCGCCUCAUUGCGAUUGGCUGACGGAGUGGUGCUCGUCGUGGAUGUAGUCGAAGGAGUGCAAAUAAAUACGGAGCAGAUAAUCAAAUAUGCUGUUCUGGAGGACUUGCCUCUGACGCUGGUUGUAAAUAAAAUGGACCGAUUAAUACUCGAACUCAAAAUACCUCCCGGAGACGCAUACUUCAAGUUAAAGCAUGUCGUUGAAGAAGUCAACACGGUUAUUGAGAACACCAUUCCUGGACAAGGUGAAAAGCGGCGACUGAGUCCUGAAAAAGGCAAUGUUGCUUUCGCUUGCAGUGACAUGGGCUGGGUCUUUACACUGCCUUCAUUCGCAAAAAUGUACGCUGAUAAUUAUCCGGACAUCAAUGCUCGCGAUUUCAGCGUGAGGCUAUGGGGCGAUAUCUUCUUCAACCCGAAAAGACGCUCAUUUACUCGAAAAGGGACGGAAGAACGGUCAAAGCGCACGUUUGUCAAUUUCGUACUUGAACCACUCUACAAACUCUAUGCACACACAAUCAGCGGAAGCCCUGAAGAUUUGAAGGACACCUUAGCGACACUCGGUAUAUAUUUGAAACCUAGGCAGUUGAAGUCAAAUGCCAAGGACCUCCUCAAGCUUGUUUGCGAGCAGUUCUUUGGUGGGCCCGAAAGUUUCGUUGAUAUGGUCGUUGAACACAUUCCAUCUGCUGAAGCUGGUGGGCACAAGAAGCUCGACCAAUACUUCACUGGCCCAAAGGACACCAAGACCGCAAAGGCGAUCGCUACAUGCUCACAAGAUGGACCACUGAUUGUUCAAAUAGCUAAACUUUUCAAUACUCCUGAUGCUUCGGGCUUCUACUCAUUUGGUCGAGUUCUGAGUGGAACAGCAAAAUCGGGGCAGCAGGUCCGCGUUCUAGGCGAGAAUUAUACAAUCGACGACGAAGAAGAUAUGGCAGAAUCCACCAUCAGUGAAACAUGGAUUGCAAACUCACGGUACAACAUCCCAGUCAGCGGAGUACCAGCAGGAAACUGGGUCCUUCUAGGCGGAAUCGACAAUUCAAUUGUCAAAACAGCCACCCUAGUGCCCCCUAAACUCCCCGACGGAGAGGACGCCUACAUUUUCGCCCCCAUCAAACAUAUCACCGAGUCCGUCUUCAAGCUUGCCGUCGAACCCAUCAAUCCUUCCGAACUCCCCAAAAUGCUUGACGGUCUCCGCAAAAUUUCGAAAUCAUACCCUCUGAUAACAACCAAAGUCGAAGAAUCAGGCGAACACAUCAUCCUUGGCACUGGCGAACUCUACAUGGACUGCGUCCUGCAUGACCUCCGCCGCUUAUACAGCGAGAUGGAGCUCAAAGUCUCCGACCCAGUGACACGCUUUUGCGAGACUGUAGACGAGCAAUCCGCAAUCAUGUGCUACGCGCUCACACCGAACAAGAAAAACAAAAUCACCAUGGUAGCCGAAAAACUCGAAGAUGGCAUCGCCGAAGAUAUCGAAGCCGGUCGCGUCAGCAUAAAGGAUCCCAUCCGCAAAGUCGGCAAUUUCUUCGAAGAGCGCUACGAUUGGGAUAAGCUAGCCGCCCGCAGCAUCUGGGCUUUCGGACCCGAGGAUACUUCCCCAAACAUCCUACAAGACGAUACCCUUCCCUCUCAAGUCGACAAGAGACUCCUCAACACGGUCCGCGAAUCGCUCCGCCAGGGGUUCAGCUGGGGAACCCGCGAGGGCCCCUUGUGCGAAGAACCCAUCCGCAACACCAAGUUCCGCCUCACGGACAUCUCUCUCGCUCCCGACUCCAUCUCCAGAGGUGGCGGCCAGAUCAUCCCCACCGCCCGCCGCUGCCUCUACUCCUCUUUCCUCACCGCCUCUCCCCGCCUGAUGGAACCGCUCUACACAGUCAGCAUGACCGGCCCCGCUGACUCCGUCUCCUCGCUCUACACCGUCCUCUCUAAACGACGAGGGCACGUACUUUCUGAUGGCCCUAUCGCUGGGACACCGCUUUAUUCUGUCCGCGGCCUUUUACCUGUCAUUGACUCCUUUGGGUUCGAGACUGAUGCCAGGAUUCAUACGCAGGGGCAGGCGAUGGUGAGUCUGGUGUUUGAUCGGUGGGCGGUGGUGCCGGGGGAUCCGUUGGAUAAGGAUGCAAAGACGCGGCCGCUUGAGAUGGCGGGGAUGGGGGCUACGGCGAGGGAUUUUGUUUUGAAGACGAGGAGGAGGAAAGGGUUGAGUGAGGAUGUGGGGGUGGGGAAGUUUUUGGAACGGGAUAUGUGGGAGAGGUUGAAGGAGAGUGGGGUGUUGGAUGGGGUGUGA